AUGGAGGCUCUAAGAGCUGUGGUGUUCAGCAUGCUGCUCUGUGCAGGAAAAGAGGAGUCCCAAAUUAUGUUUUUCGGGGAGGACUUCCACAUUCAGCUGCCGGUGGGCGGGGCCGAGGUGUCGUUCUGGCCCGUGAUUGGCCCAGCCGGCCGUGAGGUAGUCCUGAUGAGGGAGGGGUCGGUGGUGAACCCUCGAGCCAAACUGAACCAGCAGCUCAGCCACCUGAUCCGGGAGAACAUCGGAGAAAGUGACGAGGGCGUCUACACCAUCAAAUCCCACCAGCAACCCGACGACAUCAGGCGCAUCACCCUCAUCGUCAGGGAUUGUUCUAAUGAGCACCACGUUAAAUAUGGAGAAAACUUCGUCAUCCUCAUAGCAGACGUCCCCGCUCCAGUCUCACUGGAGUUUCGGCCCGGUGCCGUGGAGGCGAACCAGACGUCUCAUCCAGCGGAGGCUCUGCUGAGCCAGGACCAGACGUUCCGUGAGGGGUACCAGGAUCGCCUCAGUGUGUCGGAGAGUCGGAUCACGCUGCGUGCUGUCACCGGAGCCGAUGAGGGGAGCUACACCGUACUGGAUACAGACGGAAAAGUCCGGAAGAAGAUCUGCCUUAAUGUAAAAGAUCACCAGAACUUCCUUGUCUUGCCGUACGGAGGUUCUCUGAAGAUCAACCUCUUCCUGAACAGUUCUUCUGUCCGCUUACUCUACACACCGAGCCACGACUCUCAAACGCGGGUCAUCCUGGACCAGGGAGAGCUGAACAUCCCGCCAGAGCUGGGGUUCGAAGGACGGAUCUCUCUGGAAGAUUCCAUCUGCGUUCUAAAGGACCUGAAGGCCAGCGAUGCUGGAAUAUUCCAAGUGACGGACCUGCAGGGGUUUUCUGUGUCCAACGUUCACCUGGAUGUGGAAUCGUAUAAGCUGCCUAACCUGUACGUGGCGAUCAUAGCCUUGGUGGCGUUGUUGGUGUUGUUGCUGCUGGUGUGUCUGCUCUCCUGUCUCGUGAAGGCACACAAACGUGCCGAGAAAAACCGAGCCAUCGAGAAGAUCGCCCAGAACGCGGGCAAAGAGGAGGGUGACACCUUCAGACAGGUGGUCCAGGAUGCUGUGACCCGACACACGGAAGAAACGACCCAGUCGCAGAAGGAUGAGGUCACAGAGAAGUCUCAGAGCACAGAGGUCAGCAUUAAGGGUCUUGAGGUGUCUAAAGAAGCAAGUGUGCAUGAGAAGAAUCUGGAAACCAGUGACUCUGGAGUGGGCUUCAACACUACUGCUCUCCCAUUGGACAGUGAUACGGACGCACCCAGCGUUGCAGUUCCAGACUCAGAAAUUCUCAGCUCGUCGGCAGCUCCAGUGGCCAAUCAAAUCCCAGAGCCCCAACCAACUGUUACUUCAACUCCAAAACUGGCUUCAGCCCCCGAAACUAAACAAGCCCCCGAGCAAAAGUCUACCACUAGUCCAAACCCUUCACCCGAGCCCAAACCAGCUGUGACCCCAACGCCUGAUCCCAAACCGGCUGUGACCCCAACGCCUGAGCCCAAACCAGCUGUGACCCCAACGCCUGAAAAAAAAAAAAAAGAAAUGGCUAAAUUUUGA